CUUCCCGCGCAGCACUUUCGGUUCGCGGGGCGCGGGAGCGGCACGUGGCGGGACCCCCGCGGACCGGACGGGUCAGAGCCCCCCCGAGCCAUGGGUGACCCCGAGCUGGGUGCCCGCCCUGCCAGGAAGGGCCCCCUGUCCCCCCGGGGCGGUGCCAGCGAGUCCAGCACGUUGCUGCAGGAGCUGCGCGGAACCAUCUCCAAAUCCGUGCAGAGCAAGGUGGACUCCAUCCUGCAAGACGUGCAGAAGUUCUCGGACAGCGACAAACUCUACCUGUACCUGCAGCUGCCCUCGGGGCCCAGCCUGGGGGACAAGAGCAGCAGCAGCCUGGACCUGAGUGCCCUGGGCACGGCCGAGUACAUGCACGCCUGCAACUGGAUCAGGAACCACCUGGAGGAGCACACGGACACCUGCCUGCCCAAGCAGGACGUCUACGACGCCUACAAGAGAUACUGCGACAACCUGGGCUCCCGCCCCCUCAGCACGGCCAAUUUCGGGAAGAUCAUCCGGGAGAUCUUCCCCAACAUCAAGGCCCGGCGCCUGGGAGGCCGAGGACAGUCCAAGUACUGUUACGGGGGGAUCAGGAGGAAGACCGUGGUCAGCCUUCCUCCCCUGCCCAGCCUGGACCUCAAAGUCACCGAGACUUCAGAGCUGUCAGAGCUGGUGCAGUCCUACCCCAGUGAGGUGAUGGAGGCUGCCUGUGCCCUGACCUGCGACUGGGCCGAGAAGAUCCUCAAACGCUCCUUCAACAACAUCGUGGAGGUGGCUCAGUUCCUGCUGCAGCAGCACAUCAUCAGCUCCCGCUCGGCCCACGCCGACCUGGUCAUGGCCAUGGUGGUCUCAGAGAACACGGAGAAGACGCCCCUCCCCCUCCAAGAGAACCGCCCCCCUCCCACGGCCAAGAAGAACGGGCUGGACCCCCCCGAGAGCCACGAGAGGACCCCAGAGCAGAGCAAGAAGGAGCCCCCCCACCCUGCCAGACCCCCGGCCAACAAGAAGAAGCCCCCGGAGCCCCCCCGGGCGAGCAGCAGCAGCCCCCAGGUGAACGCCCUGGUCGCCCGCCUGCCCCUGCUGCUGCCCCGGGGGCUGUCCUGGGGGGGGCUCUGCUGGAGGUGA